GUGUGGGAGAACUGAGAAGAAGAAGAAGAAAAAAGUAAAUAAUAACAGAACAGAGAGACAGCUCUUAAAAAAAAUCAACGGCUAGGAAUGAGCGAUCUCUACGCCUUAGAUUUUGACGGUGUUCUCUGCGAUAGCUGCGGAGAGAGCUCCCUUUCUGCUCUCAAGGCUGCGAAGAUAAGAUGGCCCGACCUCUUCAAAGGCUCAGAUUCAGCGAUGGAGCAAUGGAUCAUCGAUCAAAUGCAUGUUGUUCGGCCUGUGGUGGAAACUGGAUAUGAAAAUCUGUUGCUGGUGAGAUUGCUUUUGGAGAUUCAGAUACCAUCCAUUCGGAAGUCCUCGGUUGCAGCUGGGCUUACCAUCGAAGGGAUAUUGGAGAACUGGUCGAAGCUGAAGCCUGUCAUCAUGGAAGAUUGGAAUGAAAAUAGGGAUGCUUUAAUCGAUCUUUUCGGGAAAGUCAGGGAUGAAUGGUUAGAGAAAGAUUUAUCAAGUUGGAUUGGUGCAAAUAGAUUUUAUCCCGGCAUAGCAGAUGCCCUAAAGUUUGCAAGCUCAAAGUUAUACAUUGUCACUACAAAACAGGGUAGAUUUGCUGAUGCAUUGCUACGAGAGCUGGCCGGAGUUGCAAUCCCAUCUGAUCGGAUCUAUGGGUUAGGAACUGGGCCGAAGGUAGAAGUACUGAAGCUGCUCCAAAGUCAACCAGAACACAAGGGGUUGAAGCUCCACUUUGUGGAAGAUCGGCUCGCAACUUUGAAGAAUGUCAUCAAAGAACCUGAAUUAGAUGGAUGGAGUUUGUAUUUGGGGAACUGGGGAUACAACACUCAAAAGGAGAGGGAAGAAGCAGCAAGCAUACCUAGGAUUCAUGUUUUGGAGCUCUCCGACUUCAGUAAGAAAUUGAAAUAGUAUCAUAUUCUUUUUUUCUUUUUCCCCAUCCACCUACUAUGGGAAAAUAAAUGUAAUUCAAAUAUCGAAUUACUGAAGUUGAUAUUGAUCAUUUAAUCAUGUUGUAAUUCAUAUUACAGAGGUUAAUCCCAGACUCUUUCUUCCCUAUCUGUAUUCA